GGUUUUCAACCAUGAGUCUUGCUGCAAUCUUGUAAGGGAUAAAUUUGGUCCUGAACUGGACAAGGGUGAGGAACAUCAGGUUAUCAUUCCUACUGAUUUUGUUCGUCAAAUUUCUUCGGCUGGAUCGGAGGGGGAUUGGAUGGAGCCAUCCAUUUGUAUGUGUAAUUCCAAAAUGCUGCAACGUUAUGGAUCGGAGAGAGUUUAUGAUGCUUUUCAUUUGUUGCGGACCGAGCCAUUAGUGCAGAAAAUGGUCAAAUCCUUAUCAUCGGAUGAGGCGGUUUGGAAUGCAGUUCGGAACAAUGAGGCGGUGAGGGAGCUCAGAGACUCGUUUUACUCGGAGGAUAAUAGGCCCAAGAGUCCGGAUGAGAGACCUGAGGACGCCAAUGAAGAAACAAAUAUAGUGAAAUGGAUUUUCGAUGGCACUAGAUCAAAAAUCAUGGAAGUGGUUGAGAAGAUUACGAAGUUUAUGAAUGAUCUGUUUCAACCUCCAGAGAACGAAAAGACAACAUCCGAUUCAGGAAGCACUGAUCUUUUUAAGGAGAAGCUGAGGACAUCAUUCAUGCUCUCCAUUAUGGUACUACUGGUUGUGGUGCUUGCUCGAGCCAACAAGGCUUGACCAUAAAUCCGACGACAUUACUGGUGGAUCGGGGAAUUGCCUCCAAUUGUCGACUUUCUCGUCUUUUGAUUUUUGUUUUUUUGUUUUUUUUUGAAUUCUCUUGUGCUCUGUCUCUCCUUUUCAUUUCCCUUGAAUAUGGAUUGUGGACGUGCAUGUAGCUGGUUUUUUUAAGUUCUACCGUUAUUUUGAAUAAAGUUCCUUUGGAAAAGCAACGAGU